UGUCUCCCAUCUUCUUCUUCUACUUUGUCUUCCCCAUCGGUUCCGACGAAUCACAUCACUCCUGAAAUCUGAGAAAGAAACAAAGAAAGGGGUCCCGAGAUCGAAGCUCUUGGCAAGAAGGAGAAAUGGUGGGUAAUAGUACUAGUAGUAGUAACUCGCUGGCAGGUCUACAAGAUCACUUGAAAUUAGCAAGAGAAUACGCACUCGAAGGCUCCUAUGACACCUCCGUCAUCUUCUUCGACGGCGCCAUUGCUCAGAUCAACAAGCAUUUAAACAGUCUUGACGAUGCCACGUCACGAACGAAAUGGAUGAACGUUAAGAAGGCAGUAAUUGAAGAAGCUGAAGUUGUGAAGCAAUUGGAUGGAGAGAGGAGAGCGUUCAAAGAAGCUCCCACUGGUCGUCGUCGUCCUGCUUCUCCUCCUAUCAAUACUACCAAGUCUUCUUUUGUCUUUCAGCCCUUGGAUGAGUAUCCAACUUCUUCAUCCUCCUCUGGUGCUCCUAUGGAUGAUCCUGAUGUCUGGAGGCCUCCUACGCGUGAUGUCACUAGUAGAAGACCUGCUAGGGCUGGUCAGAGUGGUGUGAGAAAGUCGCCUCAGGAUGGGGCUUGGGCUCGUGGUGGUGGCCCAACAACAAGGAAUGCUCCAGCUUCUCGAGGUGGGAGAGGUGGUAAGUCUGCUGCUGCAACGGCCCGUUCUUCUGCUGUAGGAAAGAAAGGAGGAGCUGCCUCUAAGUCUACAAAGGCUGAGUCUACUAAUGGGGAUGCUGAAGAUGGGAAGUCAAAAAGGGGAUUGUAUGAGGGACCUGAUGAGGAUUUGGCUGCUAUGCUUGAAAGGGAUGUGUUGGACUCAACUCCUGGCGUCCAUUGGGAUGAUGUUGCAGGUCUGUCUGAAGCCAAAAGGCUGCUUGAGGAAGCUGUUGUCCUUCCUUUGUGGAUGCCUGAAUACUUUCAGGGUAUUAGGAGACCAUGGAAAGGAGUUCUCAUGUUUGGUCCUCCUGGGACAGGUAAAACUCUGUUGGCAAAAGCAGUUGCAACUGAGUGUGGUACCACCUUCUUCAACGUCUCUUCUGCUACCUUAGCAUCAAAAUGGCGCGGAGAGAGUGAGCGGAUGGUCAGAUGCCUGUUUGAUCUAGCCAGGGCAUAUGCUCCAAGUACAAUUUUUAUUGACGAGAUCGACUCUCUUUGCAAUUCUCGAGGGGGUUCCGGAGAGCAUGAGUCGUCGAGAAGGGUGAAAUCAGAACUCCUAGUUCAAGUAGAUGGAGUGAGCAAUACAGCAACAAAUGAAGAUGGUAGUCGCAAAAUAGUGAUGGUGUUAGCAGCUACCAAUUUCCCAUGGGACAUAGACGAAGCUCUCAGGAGGAGGCUGGAAAAACGUAUAUACAUCCCACUUCCAGAUUUCGAGAGUCGCAAGGCUCUUAUCAAUAUCAAUCUGAGAACAGUUGAGGUGGCGAGUGAUGUGAACAUUGAAGAUGUGGCCCGGAGAACAGAAGGGUACAGUGGAGAUGAUCUGACAAACGUGUGCAGGGACGCGUCAAUGAACGGGAUGAGGCGUAAGAUAGCAGGGAAAACGAGGGAUGAGAUAAAGAACAUGUCAAAGGACGAUAUCUCAAACGAUCCUGUGGCUAUGUGUGAUUUCGAAGAAGCCAUAAAGAAAGUGCAACCCAGUGUGUCUUCCUCGGACAUCGAGAAACACGAGAAGUGGUUGUCUGAGUUUGGAUCCGCUUAAACCCUUAAGCUUAAACCAAUCCACUUUUUUCAUUAAAACAAAGUAACGUGUGAGCUUUUUGUGUUUGUUUAUUUUGUGAUUUAUUAUAAUAUUCUGUUGUUUAUGUAUCACUUAUUCCAACUUGAAAAAAAAAGACUUCAAAAAAUCUUAGGUUCAGGGAGACAACAGACAAGGAUUGCAUGAUAAUCAAUCAUCUACUUGAAUAAUUAAAACAAUACACAUGACAAGAAACUUAGAGACUAAAAAGAUUGGAGUGGUGGUGUAAAAGAGCCAAUGUUUGAGAGAGUCUUUCUCACUCUCAAACUCUUUAUUUUCGAUUUCAUCUUUCCUAAAAUCAAAUAUCAAAAACCCCCUUUUGUUUAUAUGUUGGUAGGAGCUGAUUUCUCAGGCCAACUGCUAGUAGAGUCUCCAAGAGAACCGUUCCCACCUUCUUCCUGAGACACAACAGGUACCUUAACCGAUGAAGCUCUCUCCAUUUCCUUUUCAAGCUCUUCUUCAGACCUCAACGCAUUGAACUGUC